CACUAAUGAGUGUGAGGUGCGAUUACUCAAACAUCAACAUCAAAACUGGGUUCUGGUUCAGUCAGAAACAGAGAACAAACUGGAGAAACAAAGAUGAACCUGAAGAUUUGACUUUAGAUUCAGAUUACUCAGGACGAGUGAAUCAGAGGAUCAUUAAAGAUCGUUCGUAUGUCAUGAUAACAGAUGUGAUAGAGAGAGACAGUGGAGAAUAUCAGCUCAUGAUCAUUAUGAAGGAUGGAGUUAAACAUCUCAGCUCAGUCACAGUCAAUCUAACAGUAACAGUUUUACAGGUGAAGAUGAAUCCUGAAUCUACAGGACAGCGAGUAAAACUGAGCUGUGAUUCCUCCUGCCCAAAAACAUCAGAAUAUAAUUACCGCUGGUACAAGAAUGGACAACAUUUAACAAAUAACCAAAGCAUAUUUGUAUCAUCCAGUGGAAACACUGACAGUUAUUACUGCACUUAUUAUAAAAUGGAGCCCUCUUCAUCUGUGUGUGAGUCUGACAUUUAUAAAAUAUUUAAAUAAAAAUGGAAGAACAAACUUUGCAGUUUUCUUGUUGAUUCAUAUACAGUAUGAGUGUGUUUGUAAUUGAUUGUGAAUGUUACAGCAGUAUUUUGUGACUCUUUCAGGUCUUUCUAACAGUGGAUGUUGGGGUGUGACUUACACCUCUAUGAGUGUUUGUGCUUUAGUGGGAUCAACAGUAGAUAUUCACUCUUCAUACUCACAUCCCACUGGAUAUACAGUAGAGAAAACAUACUGGGGUUAUCAUAAUUUUCUUCGUGGGGAUUUCAGAGAUCUGCGUGAGGUUGAUAAGUUUGCUGGUCGUGUGGAGUUUGUGGGAAACACACUGAAAAUCAAAGACGUCAACACGAGUGACACUGGAUUAUAUCAGUUCAGGUUCAUCACUAACACAUCAGAUGAAGUUUCUUGUUCUUCUGGAGUCUAUCUUAUUGUUACAGGUACACGAGUGAGAAGCAGCCCAAGCCCUGUGAUAGAUGGAGAAAAAGUGAUAUUAAGCUGUUUAACCAAAUGCACUCUGGAUAACAAACAUACUUACAUCUGGUAUAAGAAUGGACAACAGGUAACAGAUGGAUUGACAUUAUUAAACAAGCUGUACCUGGACUCAAUCAACAGUGAGGAGCUACAAGAGUAUUCCUGUACUGUAAGAGGUAACACAACAUCUCAUCAUACAUCUGAUGAAAUUAUAUAAGAUAUAGUUUCAGUCCUUGAUGCUGAUUAGUUUAUUUACAGCUAUUACAUCAUCACUGACA